AUGAACAGGGGCCUACGACUAGCGCCCGUUGCUGCUCGCCGGUGUGCGGGGUCUGUUCGUUUCUCGGGCACUCUGCGCAGGCCAGACUUCGAUCUGGACUACUACAGCUCGAGAGUCGACCUGUUCCGCGAAAUUUGCAGUCGAAGAAAAGUUCCGUUCCCCUUGGACGGGUACACAGCCCUGUACGGGAAGUACCAGGACGCAAGAAAACACGCGAUCGAGCUCAAGCGCGAGGCCGGCACGCUGCAGCAGCAGAUCAAGGCCAGCAAAGCGGGCAAGCAGCCCGUCGACGAGCAGGCGGUGCUCGACAGGCUGGCCCAGCUCAAGCCUCUGCUGAAACAGAGCGCAGAGACGCAGAAAGGUCUUGUUGCGCAGAUGGAAGAGCUGGUGGACCAAUUGCCGAACCUGAUAGACGGCGCCGUCGGCAGCCAGCAGACCCUGCUGGAAUAUAUCAACGUCUCGCACGACAUCGACGCAGCUGCCGACGAAAAAUACGACCACAAGUCGAUCCUGGAGAGGGCCGGGCUGGCAGAGUUUUUGCAGGCCUCCAACGUCUCGGGCCGCGGCUGGUACUACCUGAUGGGUGACCUGGCGCUGCUGGAGCAGGCGCUCGUGCAGUACUCGCUGAAAAUGGCUAGAAAGAGCGGGUUCCAAAUGGUGCUUCCGCCGUCCAUAGUCAAGACAGAAGUCACCAACGCGUGCGGGUUCAGACCACGAGACACCAACAAUGAAAGACAGGUGUACGAGCUUACCCACGACAACCUGUGUCUCACGGGAACGGCCGAGAUAUCGCUUGCUGCGCUAAGCAUCAACACAGAGUACAAGUUCGGCGAUCUUCCUCGUCGCAUGGUCGGUCUGUCACGCAGUUUUCGGGCCGAGGCAGGCGCUGCGGGAAGAGACACGCGCGGCUUGUACCGUGUGCACGAGUUUACCAAGGUGGAGCUUUUUUCCUGGACAGCAGGCGAUCUUUUGGAGAGCAGCAAGGAGUUCGACCGUCUGGUGGCAUUCCAAAAAGAAUUUAUCACCAGUUUGGGACUUCCGGCCAGAGUGCUACUCAUGCCAGCCGACGACCUGGGCGCCCCAGCGUUCAAAAAAGUCGACAUCGAGGUGUUCAUGCCCGGUAGAGGCGCCUGGGGUGAGGUCAGCUCGACUUCCAACUGUCUGGACUACCAGGCAAGACGGCUCCAUGCCCGCUACCGAACGGAGAAUAAUAAGCUUCGAUUCGUGCAUACACUGAACGGCACGGCGUGUGCGGUUCCGCGUCUUCUGGUGGCGAUCGUGGAAAACAACUACGACCCAGAUUCGCAUUUGAUCGCCGUCCCAAAAGUGCUCCAGCCGUACGUGGACGAUAAAAAAUAUAUAGACUGCCGGCCAUGUAAAUAG